AUGUGGUUUCUAUUUGGGCCGAAGUUCACGUUCUCUGUCUGGUGGCUGUUCUGCAUUCACACAAACACAAAAAACAGGAAGGAAGGUGUGAGGAAGAGGAGCCAACAUCAAGGACCUGAAGACAUUUACCUCGAUGAUCUGAACGCACUCGAGCCGGAUGUCGUCGCUCGGUAUUUCCCGAAAAGUGAGUCCGAGCAGGUUCCUAAGCACUGGGUGGAGAGCGGGAGGCGCUCUGGAUCCCAGUCGCCCCAGUCGGUGGGGAGCGCGGCGGCAGACAGCGGCACCGAGUGUCUGUCCGACUCUGCCGGAGACCUGCCUGACGUCACGCUGUCACUCUGCGGAGGAGUGGGAGAGAAUUCAGAGAUCUCUAAAGAGAAAUUCAUGGAGCACAUCAUCACCUACAACGAGUUCGCAGAGAAUCCGGCAAUUAUCGACAAUCCCAAUCUGGUGGUUAGGAUUUCAAACAGAUAUUACAACUGGACGCUGGCGGCACCGUUGAUCCUUUGUAUGCAGGCUUUUCAGAAGAACCUGCCAAAGGCUACAGAGGAGGCCUGGGUGAAGGAGAAAAUGCCAAAGAAGUCCGGACGUUGGUGGUUCUGGAGGAAGAGCAGCGUCAAGCAGUCAUCAUCAGAGACAAAGUUAGAGAGGCAGGAGUCCCUGAACAGAGAGAGUCCAGCCCUCCACCAGGCCCCAGAAACACAGCAGAAAACAGCUGAGUGGUCGAGCGACGACGAGACCAAAGAGCUGAACGCUGUUGCACCUGCUCUGACGCCUACUGAGCGCGUGCAGAAAGAGGCUCCGGCUCCGGCUCCGGCUCCGUGUCCCGCCUACAAGAAGUCUCUGCGCCUGUCGUCUGACCAGAUAGCCAGCCUGAAGUUGAGGGAGGGGCCGAACGACGUCACCUUCAGCAUCACCACCCAGUACCAGGGGACGUGUCGCUGUGAGGGAACCAUCUACCUCUGGAACUGGGACGAUAAAGUCAUCAUCUCCGACAUCGACGGCACCAUCACCAAAUCAGACGUAUUCGGUCAGAUUCUUCCUCAGCUCGGGAAAGACUGGACUCAUCAAGGAAUAGCGAAACUUUACCACUCAGUGCACGAGAACGGCUACAAGUUCUUAUACUGUUCAGCUCGAGCUAUCGGCAUGGCUGAUAUGACCCGAGGAUAUUUACUGGUGAACGACCGAGGGACUCUCCUGCCUCAAGGGCCCCUCAUGCUUUCUCCGAGCAGCCUCUUCUCUGCUUUCCACAGAGAGAUCAUAGAAAAGAAGCCGGAGAAGUUCAAGAUCGAAUGUCUGACGGACAUUAAGAACCUCUUCCUCCCCAACAAACACCCUUUCUACGCCGCCUUCGGAAACAGAGCAAGUGACGUGUUCGCCUAUAAGCAGGUGGGUGUGCCUGUGUGUCGGAUAUUCACCGUGAACCCAAAGGGCGAGUUAAUCCUCGAGCAAGCCAAGGGCAAUAAAACAUCCUACAGCCGGCUGAGCGAGCUGGUGGAGCAUGUGUUUCCUUUACGGAGCUCCCAACACAACGCAACGUUCAGCUGCCCCGAGUUCAGCUCCUUCUGUUACUGGAGACAACCGAUCCCGGAGGUUUGCUUUGAGGAGCUGCUUUAACGCACGCUG